UAUCAAAAUGGCGUUGCUCAUCGCGGGAGGCUUCAGUUAGUUCAUAUUCUUCAGUGAACUAAUUUAUUGGGCGACACGCGAUACAGAAUCCACGGACAGCAUGGCGAGUCUAGAUCAGAAAUCACCUAAUGUCCUUCUGCAGAGCCUGUGCUGCAGAAUUACCGGAAAAAGCGAAGCUGAAGUUGCCCACCAGUUCCAGUAUGCAGUGCGAGUCAUUGGCAGCAACUAUGCCCCAACUAUUGAACGAGAUGAGUUCCUGGUGUCUGAGAAAAUCAAGAAAGAAUUGCUGAAGCAGAGGAGGGAAGCAGAUGCUGCUCUGUUCUCAGAGCUGCACAGAAAACUUCAAACUCAGAGCAUUCUGAAGCAUCGUUGGUCGGUUCUCUACCUGCUGCUUAGCCUCUCUGAAGACCCCCGCAAACCAUCCAGCAGAGUGGGAAACUAUGGUGGACUCUUCGCCCAAGCCCUCCCCAGGGAUGCCCACUCCACCCCAUUCUACUGCACCCGACCACAGAGCCUGGCUUUGGGCUACGGGGAGAGAAAUGCAGGCUUGUCUGGCAGUGUUGGGACCAGUGGGAUUUCCAGUCUUGGGGUCUACACGCUUAAUGGACCCACACCAACGCCACAGUCACUGCUGGCUGGUCAACCCCCUCAGUCUGCAGCUGGAGGCACUCAGCCUCUGGGCACACGGUUAGCCUGGGCUCUUCCCGUAAGCUCCUCCCCUUCUUUUGCUCUCGCCCCACCCACCACUCGGCCUCCCCUCGGGACUCCAGCAAGAGUGGUUCGUCCCCGCCGAGAUGGUGAUGCAGCGGGUGAUGUAAGCGAGGCAGCUCUGGUGCGGGACAUCCUCUACGUCUUCCAGGGAAUUGACGGGAAGUUCAUCAAGAUGAACGCUCAGGAUAACUGCUACAAGAUGGACAGCAAGGUGGUGCUAUGCAAGUCCCUCAGGGACACCUGCAGCAGACUGGCUGAACUUGGUUGGCUCCACAACAAAGUUAGGAAAUACACUGAUGCCAGGAGCGUUGAUCGGGCCUUUGGAUUGGUCGGGCAGAGCUUCUGUGCCUCGCUCCACCAGGAGCUGAAGGAGUACUAUAGGCUCCUCUCUGUCCUCCACUCGCAGUUACAAGUAGAGGAUGACCAGGGUGUGACUGUAUGUUCAGAGAGUAGUCUGACUCUAAGGAGGCUGCUGGUCUGGAUGUACGACCCCAAAGUGCGGCUCAAAACACUGGCGGCCCUCGUCGACUACUGCCAAGGUCGUAAAGGAGGCGAGCUGGCUUCAGCCGUUCAUGCCUACGGGAAAACGGGAGACCCGCAGAUGAGGGCGCUGGUUCAGCACAUUCUCAGCCUGGUGUCACACCCCAUCCUCAACUUCCUCUACAGGUGGAUAUAUGAUGGCGAGUUGGAGGAUACCUACCAUGAGUUCUUUGUAGCAUCAGAUCCCAACGUGAAGACGGAUCGUCUGUGGCAUGACAAGUACUCCCUCAGGAAGUCAAUGAUCCCCUCGUUCAUCACCAUGGACCAGGCGCGCAAGGUUCUGCUGAUCGGGAAAUCCAUCAACUUCCUGCACCAGGUUUGUCAUGACAGAACACCACCUGGCAAAAUAACACCAGCAUCUAAACCUGCAGACGCUCCGAAAGAUGCUGCAGAGCUGCUGUCGGACCUGGAGGAAGCUUUUCAGGAGAAAAUUGAUGCGGCCUACUUUGACACCAGCAAAUACCUGCUGGACGUUCUCAACCGCAACUACCUUUUGCUGGAGCACCUGCAGGCCAUGAGGAGAUACCUGCUGCUGGGCCAGGGAGACUUCAUCAGACACCUUAUGGACCUGCUAAAACCUGAGUUGGUGCGUCCUGCCACUACUUUAUACCAACACAACCUGACUGGUAUCUUAGAGACAGCAGUCCGAGCCACCAAUGCUCAGUUUGACAAUGCAGAGAUCCUAAAGAGGCUGGAUGUGCGACUGUUAGAGGUGUCUCCUGGUGAUACAGGCUGGGAUGUUUUUAGUCUUGAUUACCAUGUUGAGGGACCCAUUGCAACGGUGUUUACAAGGGAGUGUAUGGGCCAUUACCUUCGGGUGUUUAAUUUCCUGUGGAGAGCAAAGCGGAUGGAGUACACUUUGACUGACAUCUGGAAGGGACAUAUGUGCAACGCCAAGCUGCUAAAAACCAUGCCGGAGCUGUCCGGUGUGCUGCAUCAGUGUCACAUCCUGGCCUCUGAGAUGGUCCACUUUAUCCACCAAAUGCAGUAUUACAUCACCUUUGAGGUGUUGGAGUGCUUAUGGGACGAGCUGUGGAACAAAGUGCGGCAAGCUCAAGACCUCGAUCACAUCAUCGCUGCCCACGAUGUCUUCCUGGACACAAUUAUUUCCAGAUGCCUGCUGGACACUAACAGCAGGUCUCUUCUUAACCAGCUGCGGGCCAUAUUUGAUCAGAUAAUUGAGUUCCAGAGUGCCCAGGACUCCCUCUACCGCUCGGCGCUGGAGGAGCUCACCUUCCGACUGCAGUUUGAAGAAAAGAAGCAGCAGAGAGAGGAGGAGGGUCAGUGGGGAGUGACAGCGGAACAGGAAGCAGAGGAAAAGAGGAGGAUUCAGGAGUUCCAGGACACCAUACCAAAGAUGCGUUCCCAGCUCCGAAUCCUCACCCACUUCUACCAGAGCAUUGUCCAGCAGUUCCUGGUACUGCUGAUGACCAGUUCAGAUGAAAGUCUGCGCUUCCUCAGCUUCAGGCUGGACUUCAACGAGCACUACAGGGCCAGAGAGCCGAGGCUGCGAGCCUCACUUGGCGCCACCAGGGGGCGACGGCUGUCAAAUAUCUGACGUGACAACCACCCUGCCAACAGAUGAGGCUUCCCAUUGAAGCACGGGGUGUGACCACACACAGACGAGGCGAGCAACCGACCCUUAACGCGCUUCACGUCAAGAUGAUGUCAUGCCUUGGACGAGCGAUGCGACUCAUCUCCGGUGUCGCGGCGUUCGCCGAGUGAUGAUCUCACAGCGGACAGCUUAAGGGAAGUCAGCUGAGUGGGAUCACAAAGGAACAAAAGUCCAGAACUUUCAAAGCAUUGCAGACUCCCAGAGUAGAAAAACCUGAAGCGAGUGGUGGGAAUGCAGCGGGAAUUCUGCAAAAUAUGAACAUAAGUUUGAGGAAAGCGUCCACGUGAGUGUGAGGAGACGGCAGACCGAGCUCUCCAAGUUACACAGGGCCACUUUACAUGGCAUGCCUUAUUAAUGGGGGAAAACAGAAACCUUUUUCCCCUCAACGUGGUUGCCAAAUCUAAUCCCAAUACACACAUUUGUACAUAGUGUAUGCAAAAAUGUAUGUACGUACGUCUUCACACCUCAACAUCUUCUCACCAGGGCUCGACAGGUUUGGUGUGCAUUUCCUUUUCAAUUUUUGUACUCGUAGAAGAUAUUAAAGUGAUAAAUUGUAAUAUUUUUUACUGCUUUUAUUUAAAACACAUUUCUGCUGAAGUUUUGUUCUUGUUAAUGUAAGAAAGAAAUGAUUAUUUAAGCCCUAAAAGUGAAAAAGCGACAAUACAGCAGCAUGUUUCAUAUUUACUGUCAAUGCUAGCAGACUGGUAAGUCUGUCUAACUCUAGUUCUUCAGCCCCUUUUACUUAAAACUAUUUCUUUCAUAAUUUUUUAAUAGUUUGUCAGGUCAGCUAGAUCACAAUCAUACAGAGGAUUUAUACAACUCAGUUCUGCACCAUACAGACAAAAAGCCAGCUUUAUCAAAUAGUUUCAUAAGUAAAGGUCAUCAGGUUUGUGAGAUAUAAAACAAAUCAGACUCCCAUCAGCUGAGGAAUGUCAUUAAGAAUUACACUAGUUUGUAUUUGCUUUAUUUUAACCACCUGCUUAGGUAACAGAGUUUAUCUGUAUGUUAAAGUAUACAAUCAUCACAACCACAACAACCUCACUUCUUGUCCCUGCAAAAACCACAGGAACUAAAAUGCUCAGAUAUCUCUUUAAAAGAAAAAAAAAGUGUAAAUAUUUCAACAUGAAAGUCCAUUAAGAGUAUUUGUCAAAUGUUUACUUUGGCAUUUUAUUUGCUGAGAUUAAUCUAUUCUGAAUUAUGGGGGAAAAUAAAAGUGCAUGGUGUAUUUAAGUGAAGUUUACCUUAUGUACAUGAUAUAAGACUUAAGAUUGUAUUUGUUAGACUUUCUACAUCAUUUUGGAGUGAAAAUAUAACAAUAAAACCUUCCUGUUCUCUGCUUAGGUUUAUUCUAACUUCUGGGGUUAUGGAUAUAUUUGAGUAUAUAGUUUUAGUUCUUUGCAGCUGCAGUCAAAACAUUAAAUGGCAAAAUCCUUCAAUAUAUUUUACAGUAGCAUUUUCAAAUUGUGGAACAACCCAAACUUCAUCUGUCUUCAUCCAUCUUCACCUUGAAGAUGAACAAAGUUUAGUCCAAUCAAAAAAAAGACUCCUUCCUUGUAACAGUUCAUAUUCCACUUUUUCCACUACUAUUGUAGAUAAACUGGCAAAAGUACAUUAAAUAAAAGUGAUAUAUAUUUUAUUUUUGGGAAAUUGUUGCUUCUGAAGAAUAUGUUUUUCCACUGCAUCACAUAUGUGCUGCCGGUUCAGAAGCAGUUCAUCCUCCAACAUCGAUUCUCAUCCAUGUAGCUGUGUGUGGUGAUGUUUCAGGUUUAACCUUUUAUUUUUUUUAGCGAAACAAUCGGUGCUGCAUUUGGUCUGUCGGCCACUUUACUUCCUGACAAUGAAUUCCUUCACAAACAAGUAAAAGGAACACGUGAAGAGAGGUUAAACACCAAACUGAAUCUGAGUCAGCACUUGUACACUGUCUGUACUCUGCAUUGUAUAGCACAUAAUGUAUAGAAAAUGGGGAUAAAAAAACAUCCCACUUCUUUAAUAAAGUGUUUGCUUUU